AAUUGCUUGCUUGCCUUCUACAUCCUGUCGCGAGCAGCACGCAGUCAAUUGUCAUCCUCCAAAUCUGCAAACACUUUAGUUUUGUUGGACUUUCUUGUUUUUAUUCUUGGGACAAUCAACCGGUGUCCUCGUUGAGAAUGGAUGAUAUCCAGGUCGUUGAGUCAAAGCCUCUGCUUGUGGACAGGGAUUUGCAAGGGUUAAGGGAGGCUGUCCAGCAGCUGGUGAUUAAGGAACAUGAUGUGGAGACUCCAUUUGGCAGAAUCCACUGUACCAUGAAAGGAGUUCCGAAGGGUGACCGGCCCGUCAUUCUCACCUUCCAUGAUAUUGGACUGAACCAAAAAAGCUGCUUUGAACCCUUGUUCAGCCAUGAGGACAUGCAAGAGAUCAUGCAGCACUUUGCUGUGUGUCAUGUAGAUGCACCAGGGCAGCAAGAGGGAGCUAACACCUUCUCAACUGGAUAUGAGUACCCUUCCAUGGACCAACUGUCUGAGACUCUUCCAUCAAUCCUUAAACAUUUUGGACUGAAGAGUGUGAUUGGUUUGGCUGUUGGAGCAGGUGCUUAUAUCCUUGCUAAGUUUGCUUUGGAUUACCCUGCUAUGGUGGAAGGCCUUGUGCUAAUAAACAUCAACCCAUGUGCUGAAGGCUGGAUGGACUGGGCAGCACAUAAAAUCUCUGGUUGGACUCAUGCCAUGCCUGACAUGCUCAUCUCUCACCUGUUCGGAAAGGAAGAAAUCCAACAGAACCAUGAUCUUAUUGGCAGGUACCGUCACCACAUUGUGAAUGACAUGAACCAGUUCAAUCUGGAACUCUUUGUCAAGUCCUACAACAGCCGCAGAGACCUGGAAAUCGAGAGGCCUAUACCCGGUGGCCACGUCAAUGUCAGAACUCUAAAAUGUCCUGCACUCCUGGUGGUUGGAGACAGUUCCCCUGCAGUGGAUGCUGUGGUUGAGUGCAACACAAAGCUGGACCCGACCAAAGCCACACUGCUUAAGAUGGCUGACUGUGGAGGCUUGCCCCAGGUCGACCAGCCUGGGAAGCUAACAGAGGCUUUCAAGUACUUCAUUCAGGGCAUGGGUUACAUGCCCUCUGCCAGCAUGACCCGCCUGGUCCGUUCCCGCACAGCAUCCGGAUCCAGCAUCACCUCCUUUGAUGGGAACCGCAGCAGGUCGCACACCAACGAGGGCAACCGCAGUCGCUCCCACACCAAUGAAGGCCGCGCUCGAGCCCACACCUCUGAAAACCAACGUGGACGUUCACACACCGACAACAUGGACAGUUCUGUGGACCAGGCUCCCAAGUCCACCGAAGUGUCCUGUUAGACUGGUGACCUUGUCUCCGGUCCAUCUCACACAUGCAUUAACCUCUCUGUUCUGACUGUGCUGCACUGCCACUAACUACCCACGCAACAAGACUGCCGCAUGUUUCCCUCAGGGGUCCCUCAGGCACCAUUUUAUUAGUCAGAGAGCAUUUACGCCAAAGUGUCUUGUGUUUAAGACGAUUUCCUGGGGAAACGCUGAGGAAGGAGUGGCAAAGGAAAGGAUGAUGGAGUUAUUUCUUUUUUGCACCCUGCGCAAUGGCUGUCUUGUUGUUGUUAGAGGCAAUGCAGCAGAGUUAUUGUGAUGGUCAUCAUCAAAGUAUACUGGGCACUGAGAAGGGCACAUGUUUGUAAAUUUAUGUUGAUCUCUAGUCGGCAAUUUAAUUUCUUCUGUCAAGUUAUUAUACCACACCUUUUUCAUGCUAGUUUGAGUGCAUAAUUAAUUUGUAUAAUCUGUAUAUGUUGAAAUGGACCUCACUGAAUGAAAAAGGGAUGUGUUGACCACACAGUAGAGAUGGUGGUAUUUUUUUCAUGAUGCUAACCUACCUUAUAAAACUAAGGUAUAAGCUCCUAAUGUGUUGAUUUUCAUUUUCCUGUGUGUGUCCCAUUAUUUUGGGUUAUAUUUGUAACUCAGUAAAUUAUGCUCUUAAAUAAUUUUAAAUGAUUUUUAUGGAUUAAUUGUUUUAACAUUAGUUUAAAUUCAACAAAACAAUUUGUAGAUAGAAGGAUACAGGAAAAUGUCUGUAUAUGAGUGACAUUUUUGUUGUUUUUUGUAUGUAAUAAUGAUGAUUUCUAUGCAAUCAAGCACAAGAGAACAAAAUGUGCCAUGGAAUCCUCUACUUGGACUGGAUUUUUUUUCUCAAGGCGUUGAAAAAAUAAAGCGAAGGAUCACACGGAGAGACAGAUAAAUAUAAGCAACACACCUGCUCUUCCACGCACACUAAAACAAAUGCUUGCAGCUUGAUAAGGCCCCUCGCUUUGUAAAGAUGUAAACAACCUGAUGCACUGCAUUUUUAAUGGAAUAACGGUUUGUAUUUAUUAAAAAAGAAAGAAAAUAAAAAGCUGGUUACUCAG